GCGCGCCCCGAGCCCGGGCACCCGGGAGCGAGGCCGGUGGGGCGGCGGCGCCGGUGCCGCGCGGGCGGGAGGCGGAUGCAGGUCCGCGCGGGCGCCGCGUCCUCCGCUCCAGCCGAGUCGCAUCCGGAGCGCGCGCAGCUGGGAUCCGGGGAGGAAGAUGCUCCGGGCGCCGGCCGUGCUGUGCGUGUGCGCGGCCGCCUGGUGCGCGCAGGCUCUGGCGGCGGCCGUGGGCCGACCGGCCAGCGGCAAUUUUCUAGACGACAAACAAUGGCUCAGCACGGUGUCCCAGUACGACCGGGAGGCCGGACAGUGGAACCGAUUCCGAGACGAUGAUUAUUUCCGCACUUGGAGUCCAGGAAAGACCUUUGAGCCAGCUUUAGAUCCAGCUGAAGACCCCUGCUUGAAGGUGAAAUGUAGUCACCACGAAGUGUGCACUGUUCGAGGUCCUCACGCCGCUGUCUGUGUGGGCCAGCGGAGGCUCCCCCACCGCACGAAAGAUGCAGCAGUCAGGCAUAAGUGGUGCAAGCAGUGCCCGGGGGUCUCCACCAGCCCCGUCUGUGGCUCAGAUGGUCGCACCUACUCUUCCCAGUGCAAACUAGAAUAUCAGGCAUGUGUCUUAGGAAAGCAGAUCUCAGUCAGAUGUGAAGGUCACUGCCCGUGUCCUUCAGGUACGACCACAAGCACCAGCAGAAACGCGAAGAGAGCGUGCAGCGCCCUGGAGCUCAGGGAGGUGGCCAGCAGACUGCGGGACUGGUUCAAGGCCCUUCACGAGAGUGGAGGUCAGAACACGGACAGCAGGGCGUCCCUGCGGCUGGAGCGAAGCAGAUUUGAUACCAGUAUUUUGCCAAUUUGUAAGGAUUCACUUGGCUGGAUGUUUAACAGACUGGACACCAACUACGACCUGCUCCUGGAUCCGUCAGAGCUGGGCAGCAUGUACCUGGACAAAAACGAGCCAUGCGCGGAGGCCUUCUUCAACUCCUGCGACACGUACCGGGACCGCUGCAUCUCCAACAACGAGUGGUGCGCCUGCUUCCAGAGACAGCAAGCCCCGCCUUGCCAAACGGAGCGCAGCAGCCAUCGGAAGCGGCUUGAGGUGAAGAAGUUUCUGGGGCAGUACAUCCCCCAGUGUGACGAGGACGGUUACUACAAGCCCAGGCAGUGCCGCAGCGGCGCUGGGCCGUGCUGGUGUGUGGACAGAUACGGAAACGAGGUGGCGGGCGCAGACUGUGCUGUUGAUUUUGAGACCUCGGGAGAUUUUGCAAGUGGAGACUUCAGAGAGUGGGCCGGUGACAUGGGCGAGGAUGGUGUGACACGCGGAGAGGAUGAGAUUGGAGACGAUGAGGAGGAGGAGGGAGACGAUGACGAUGGCGGGGACCAGGACGGCUAUGUGUGACCGGCGGGGACGGAGCCACAUUUCCGCCAUUUACACGGCGAUGCCUACAGAGAACUACCUUCUUGCCCAAAAGCAAAAUGAGUCUAAAACUCACUUAUGUUCUGUAUAAUUAUUUCAGAUACUGCAACUAAAAUCCUAGAGCUUUAUGUUUAAAUACAAGUCAUUUACUUUGAGUUGUAUCUGUCCUGGAGAAAAGGGACGUGUACGGGGUCUCUCCUGACAGCAGAGUGCGAGGAGCUCGUGGUCUCGACAGACGUCCGUGAGAGCAAACUGUAAGUUGGUCACAGACGGAGCAGCCAGCGCUGGAGGUCGUGUGGGACACUCUUCUGAGAGGAGUUCUCAGUUGAAUCUGCAGUAACUUAUUAGUGGCCUGGGCCCCCAGGAUCUUAUAAAAAUAUGCAUGACCUUAAUUGCAUCUCCCAAGGCGCCUCUUCCUAAAGCUGGAGCGACUGACUCAGAGGUGAGUGAGGUGAGAAAGACAAAGUCCAUCCCCGAGUCCUCCGUCGAGCUUGUCAUCCCAGUGAUGCUUUUCAUUAUGCACUUAUUCUGGAUGUGAUAAGACAUCUUAAAAAUGGCAAGUAUGGAAUACCAUGGAUUCUGAAAGGUAAACCCUUAGUUAUCCUUUCUAAAUUUUGUUUUAAUGUGGACAGCAGGCUCAUGUAAAUUUUUUUUAAAUUUUUAACCAGCAUGGUUUCUUUACCUUUCUAGGUUUCUUGAUCUUUCUGACCAGCAACAUAGGGUGCAGACUUUAAAGUAGAAAGACAAAAGAUAAGGAUUCUUCUAAACUGUAUUUUCACAAAAAAGUUUGUCAUUUGCCCAGUACCAAAUUUUAAAAUACUAAUUCUUAUUUUAUUUCCUAUCUUAGAUAAAAAUUUGCAUUUAAUCUAAAAAUUGUGCCAUUUUGUUACUGGUAUUGAAACUUGGCAGGUGUAUGGUGCCUUGCAAAGUAGAGACAGAGUGGUUUCAGCAUGCGUACUGGCACAGGACAGGAGUCCACAGACAAGCACACCUAAUUAACCAGUUGAUACCAGUGAUGUCACUGCUGCUGGGAUGAAGAAAAUGGAGUGUGUUUCUUUCUUUUUUCCUCUUGUUACAUACUUGCCACCUGGGCUUGUGUAUGAUUUUUGUGUGGAGUAGCAUCUGAGAUUCAACUGCAACAAAAUUACUUUAAUUGUUGUAUUUAAGUUAGCAUGUUAGUUAAUUGUGUAGACCUUUUGGCACUUCCUCACUUUUAGUUUACCAGACCUAUGGUUUUGUGCUCAUGAUAAAAAUGGAAAAACCUGUUGGAUGUUACACAUUGGUAUCGCCAUUUAAAGUGGGUCAGCUGGUUUCCCAGUAUAUGAUCCACUGAAAUAUAGUUGGUGGAUUCUUUCCACGUGAUUUAUACACACUAAAAAAAUUUAAUGCUGACUUUAUGUGAUAUUUAAGGUGUAAUGCGUUUUCUUUA